CCACAAGAAUCGAAAUACAAGAGAUCAUUAGAGAGACACAAAUCAGUAGGAAGGAGAAAGAGCGUGUGUAUGGUGUAUGACGACGCCGUAUACCGGGAUGAGCGCGGUGAACGGAGUGGGAGGAGGGAGGUCUCGGACCGUUCUGAUUACAGGGGCUAGCAAAGGGCUUGGGAGAGCCCUUGCCCUAGAGCUCGUCCAGAGGGGUCACACCGUCAUUGGCUGCUCCCGCGCCCACGACAACAUCAACCCUCUACAAUCCGACCUCUCGUCCCCCGAAAAACACUUGUUCCUCAACACUGACGUGAGAUCUAAUAGCAGCGUUGAAGAGCUGGCGCGUGUUGUGAUGGAGAAAAAGGGGGUUCCCGACAUCAUAGUAAACAAUGCAGGUACUAUCAAUAGAAACAACAAGAUCUGGGAGGUUCCUGAAGAAGAGUUUGAUACUGUUAUUGAUACAAAUGUAAAAGGAACGGCAAAUAUGUUGCGUCACUUCAUCCCUCUCAUGAUUACAAGGAAGCAGGGAAUUAUUGUCAAUAUGUCUUCAGGGUGGGGAAGAUCUGGUGCUGCCCUGGUUGCACCUUAUUGUGCGUCAAAAUGGGCAGUUGAGGGUUUGACUAGAUCGGUGGCAAAAGAGUUGCCUGAUGGAAUGGCUAUUGUUGCACUUAAUCCAGGCGUGAUCAACACUGAUAUGCUUGCAUCAUGCUUUGGCAAUUCAGCUGCCUUGUACCAGGCACCUGAAGCAUGGUAUGCAUUUUCAUCUUAUAUGAUAAUCGUAUAUGAGUUCUCUGAAAGAUGUCUUAACAUCUGGACAAUUUACUGGUGCUUCCAAUCUAAUUAUGAAACCUAACAAAAAAAGGUUAAAACUUAUUUAAAAUCUAUUAUUUAUCCAAUCUUCUAGCAAUGGAUUUCUGGAUAUGAAACCUACGAAAGUGCAAUACUUCAUCUGAUGGGUAAAUUGCAAAGCUUUUGAAAUUACAGGGUAAAUAUCAAUGCAGUUGAAAUUAAGGUGAAGUCAAACUGUGAGGUUUACUAUAUGUUCCCUGAAAUUUAAUAUGCAUAUAACCAUGUUAAUGCAAUUCCUUCAUUUGUUUCUUCUUAAUAAAAGACAAAGAUUACCUUUAAAAGUCACUUCCAGGCACAAUAAUUAUUUGUUUGAAGUUUUAUUGGUUUUGUAUCAAAUAUAUUGCCCCGAGCCUCUGAGAAGCAUGGCAAAACGUGUUAACACACGUGGGUUAAAAAAGUGGAUGCAUCAUACCUAUUUUUAUCAAAUAAGAAUAUUGCUAGCAUCCUCUAUGACAACUUAUAGGAUGCCAUAUUUUCUCAUAGACAUAUUACUGUGUAGGUUUGUGCUUAUCUGUCUUUGUCUUACAUGAUAUCUCCAUGUUGUUUUUCAUUUUCCCCAAGUUUGUUGGGACUUUGCCUUAUUACUAUAGACUGAGCAAUUUUGUAUUUCUCAUUCAACCCUAUCAGGGCUUUGAAGGCAGCUACAAUGAUACUCAAUCUUACAGCAGCAGACAAUGGUGCAUCUCUCAC